AUUCUCUCAUCCACAGGUCUGAAAUAUGACCUCGAGACAAAGCUAUUUGGACAGCACAUUGCUGCAAAGGUCAUCCUACAAGCAGUCACAGGCUUCAUGACAAAUAACAACCCAAGAAAACCGCUGGUUCUGUCCAUCCAUGGCUCUACCGGGACGGGAAAGAACUUCGUCAGUCACCUCAUAGCACAAAACCUUUACAAGAAAGGAAUGUCGAGCAGUUUCGUUCAUCUGUUUACAGCCACAGGUCACUUUCCUCAUGCGGUGCAUUUAAACAUUUACAAGAAUUAUUUACAGGAGCAGAUAAAGAGAAGUGUAAUGAACUGCCCACAUUCUGUGUUCAUCUUUGAUGAAAUGGAUAAAAUGGAUAGCGGACUGAUUGACAGUAUAGAACCAUUUCUGGACAUUAAUGAAAACCUGAACGGAGUGUCAUACAGACGUGCCAUCUUCAUCUUCCUCAGCAAUACAGGAGGAGACAACAUCGCUCAAGUGGCCUUUGAUUUCUGGAAAGCAGGAAGAAAACGAGAGGAGAUCCAGCCGAAGGAUUUAGAGAUGACACUUUUUCAGUCUGUUUUUAAAAACGAGCACAGUGGUUUCUUGUAUAGUAGUUUAAUUCCUAAGAACCUGGUGGAUUUCUUUGUGCCGUUUCUUCCUCUGGAGCACAAGCACAUCUUGCAGUGCGGUUUGGCAGAGUUGUACACAAGGGGUCUCGGCCCAAACAUAGAUGUUGUGGAAAAGAUGGCCUGUGACCUAAACUACUUUCCUAAAGAGCAACCUGUCUUCUUGGUGAAGGGCUGCAAGACCAUCCACAGCAGAUUGGACUUGUAUAUUUAA